CGGUAAGGAUAUAGUCUUUGGUAUAGUACUAUUAUUAGUAGCACUUGUAGAAGCGACUGCUAGAAUAGACCUCGAUGGAAUACCAACAAGAACGACGAAGAAACCGGUCUUCAGGCUAGAAUCUUGGGAACUCUACGUAUAGAUGGUCGCAAACUCUGGCGUUCCAGUGAAAAAUCUCACCAUCCGAUGGGUCAUCGCCCGAAACGUUGCGAACAUCGGGGCACCAUCUUCAGGCUCCAGCGCCUUCUUCCGUCCGCGGAAGAAAAAAGAUCUCUCGCCCACUAAAGCCCGUCCCGUUGCUUUUCAGCAGAUGGCGCUCCUGCGGUCUGCCGCACGCUUCAAGCACAUGUGGGCGGCAGGUGACAAGCAGUACGUCGGAUGCUGGGAGGCUGUACCGAAACGUCUUGGCAACGCCUUGGGGCCGGUGGACUACAGCAAGCGCACUCCAGUGCCCAAGGACUGGAUCCUCCGUGGCAGUGGCAUCCAUGGACCCGAGAACGGCGAGGUGAUGAAGCUGGUUUUGUGGAACCGCCUGAAGCAGAAGCGUCCCCAGCGGCCCCAGGUUCCUGUGGAAGACCUGCAAGAGUUCUUCCGCAUGGAGGUGGCCAUCGUCUGGUGGAUGUUUGGCUGUGUCUUCUUCGUGGCCCCUCUCAACUGGUGGGGCAAGAAGUAUCGUAUGGUCCAUGAUCACUACCCCUGGUUCCCCAAGCGCCAAGACGGCACUCACGGCGUUGGGCCUUACGCCUGGUUCUUCGAGUGAGGGACUCCGGUGACCUUUCGGCCCUCAGCCGGUGUCUGGGGCGUCUGCGCAGCACGCGGAAGAGCGGCCGAACUCGUUCUG